AUGAUGGAAAUAUACAAUGAACAAAUUCGUGAUUUGUUAACAAGAGAUAAAUCAUCUCAAACGAAUUUACAAAUUAGACAAUCACCAGCUCAAGGAUUCUAUGUGCAAGGUUUAACGCAGGUACCAGUUGGAUCGUAUAGUGAAAUUGAACAAAGAAUGAAUCAGGGUACUGCGCGUAGAACUGUAGCGGCAACAAAUAUGAAUGAAACUAGUAGCAGAGCUCAUACUAUAAUUACAAUAACAUUUGAUCAACUCAUUGGUUCUGAAGAGUCUAAAAUAUCAAGAAAGCGUUCAGUAAUAAAUUUAGUUGAUCUAGCAGGUUCUGAAAGAGCCGAAAGCACAGGAGCGACUGGAGACCGCUUAAAAGAAGGUGCAAAAAUCAAUCGAUCAUUAUCAGCAUUGGGUAAUGUCAUAUCCGCAUUAGCUGAAAAUAAAAAAGUCAUUCCUUAUCGGGAUUCAAUACUUACUAAACUACUACAAAACGCUUUAGGUGGGAAUAGUAUCUUAUUAUUUUAUUAUAUUGUUUUGUUUGUAAACACACGUUUAAAACAAUUUAGUAAAACCGUUAUGAUUGCAGCAAUAUCGCCAGCAGACAUUAAUUACGAUGAAACGUUAUCCACGUUACGUUAUGCAGAUCGAGCGAAACAAAUUAAAAAUACAGUCUUAAUUAAUGAAGAUCCAAUGGAAUCACUAAUUCGUGAAUUAAAAGCGGAAAAUGAACGUCUAAAGAAAGCCUUGAACUCUACUGAACUACCUUCAUCAGUGGUCGUAAAAGGUCUUACACCAAAAGAAAUAGAAGAUCUUAAAAACCAAAUGAGAAAAGAAAUGAUGGAACAGAUGGAAACUAAUCUGGCUACAAUCGAAGCUCAGAAUCAAGCUGCAUUUGAUGAGAAAUUGAGACAAGCUCGAUUAGAAAUAACUCAGCAAACAGUUGAACUUCCUAAGAAAUCAGGUGACUCACGUAUUUCGUCAAAAUCAAAACCAUACUUAUCAAAUCUGAAUGAGGACCCACAACUGUCUGGAAUUAUUAUUCACGUUUUAUCUCAUAAACAAACAGGAAUCGGACGUGAACCACCAAGUGAAUCGCAAUCUAACGAAAAAUCUAAAAUAUUUUGGAUUCAAAUGAAAGGUUUAUGUAUGGUUGAUGAACAUGCUUUAUUAAUAAGACAUGGAAAGACUGGUGCAGAAGUAGAACUACGUGCUUUACCCAAUGCUGUUCGAAUGACAAAAGUAAAUGGUGUUACCGUGAAGAACUCUGUUACACUUCAUCAUAAGGAUCGCAUAUUAUUUGGCUCACAUCAACUAUACAUAUUCCAUAAUCCAUUAUCAAAAGAAUUUGCUGAUGAGUCAAAAUCUGGUAUGGAACCAGAAACAAUUGACUGGGAAUUCGCACAACGUGAAUUAGCUCAAGCUACAGGUUUCGAACAGUUUAGCAAUAAACCUAGAAAGAAGGAAGAAGCAAUACUGCAGCAACAAUUACUUGAGCUAUUACCAAUGGUAAAUGAAGUUAACGCUAUAGCAGAUGAAUUGAAUAAACAAAGAACAUUUGAAGUGAUUUUACUGCCACCAACUGCACAAGCUUUAAAAUACGGUGAAUCAAAGCGUACAAAAGUUAUGGUUCGCAUGAUUUGUACGAAUACAGGUCAAAUGUGCUUGUGGGAAAGAGAAAAAUUCAUGACCAGAAGAUUUUUAAUGCAGGAUAUGUAUCAAAAAAGUUUGAGUAAACAACUAGAGGAUUAUUUACAAGAAUCUGAUCCAUUUUGGGAACCAUUAGAAGAUUUAUUUAUUGGUAUAGCACCAGCGUUUCUUCGCGCAUUAGCUUAUCGACUUGAUGUGGAUGAAGAAUUAAAAAUUAUGGAUUUUAUUGGUGAUGAGUUGGGAACUAUUAAUAUAAAAUUGAUACCUUGUUCAGCGUCUAAUUCAAAGUCUGCGGUACCAUCAAAUAAUGCCUCUUCUAACAAAAAGGAUGACGUAACGUUUAUCGAAGAUCCUAGAGAAUUAAUUGGGAAGCCUUACAGUUUCAAGAUAAUAUUAGGUUCGCUGAAUUUAUAUGACUCAGAACAGAAUAAACACAAAUAUACAGUGUAUUACCGUAUAUUUAAAGAAUCGGAAUUAACAGCAGCCAAGAUGGAAUCUAAUAAAUUACAUACACGUUUAUAUUCAAUAGAUCAAAUUACACAUGAACAUUUAGACUAUUUUCAUUCAGAAUUUAUAUGUUUCAUGAUUUAUCGUUCACAAUUUGAAAAAGAUGUUAAAAAAACGUUCGAUGUUUAUUCACCUGCACCGUUACUUUCAAGACGUUAUUCUCGCCUAUCUGUCGAAGAAUUGGAUGAUAUCAGUAAAUUAAAAACAGAGUUAACUAUUUUACAGAGAGGAUUGGAUUCAUUUUCGAAAAAAGAUAAACAACUAGAUAAACUGUAUAAAUCUUGGGCUAACAAAUCUUCAUCAGCUGAUAAUUUCAAAUUAUUAUUAGAGGAUGUUCACAAACUAGUUAACAUGAAAAUUCCUUCCAUUAAUCUAUCAACUGCAUUAGAAAAGAAAACUGUAAGCUUUUUGUGCUCAUUUGUUAUGAAAACCAGAACGAUUAAUUAA